AUGACUUGUUGUCUGAAUGCAACGUUACUCUUCUCUUUCCUCUUCUUCUUCCCAUCCUUCACAUUUUCCACCUUGUUGUUUCAGGGUUUCAAUUGGGAGUCAUGGAAGAAAGAAGGAGGAUUCUACAACUCUCUCCACAACUCCAUCGACGACAUUAGCAACUCUGGAAUCACUCAUAUCUGGCUUCCUCCUCCUUCUCAAUCCGUCUCUCCUGAAGGCUACUUACCGGGGAAGCUAUACGAUCUAAACAGCUCCAAAUACGGUUCAGAGACGGAACUGAAAUCCCUAAUCGCAGCGCUGAAUCAAAAAGGAGUCAAAUCUGUUGCUGACAUCGUGAUCAACCACAGAACGGCUGAGAGGAAAGACAAUCAGUGCGGCUACUGUUUCUUCGAAGGCGGGACUUCCGAUGAUCGUUUAGAUUGGGGUCCUUCCUUCAUCUGUCGCGGCGAUACUAACUAUGCCGGCACCGGAAACCCUGAUUCCGGCGAAGAUUACAAGCCGGCUCCCGACAUCGACCACCUUAACCCCGUAGUCCAGAGAGAGUUGUCGGAAUGGAUGAAUUGGCUCAAAUCUGAAAUCGGAUUCCACGGCUGGAGAUUCGAUUUCGUUCGUGGCUAUGCCCCUUCCGUCACCAAAUCAUACGUUCAGAACACAUCACCGGAUUUUGCGGUGGGCGAGAAAUGGGACGAUAUGAAGUACGGAGGAGAUGGGAAGCUGGAUUAUAAUCAGGAGGAGCACCGGUCGGGGCUCAGAAACUGGAUCGAGGAAGCAGGAGGUGGUGUGACGACGGCUUUUGAUUUCACGACCAAAGGGAUCUUGCAAUCUGCGGUUGGAGGUGAGCUUUGGAGACUAAAGGACUCGCAGGGGAAGCCGCCUGGUCUGAUCGGAAUCAUUCCCGGAAACGCAGUCACUUUCGUAGAUAACCACGACACUAUCAGACCAAACUCGUGGGCUUUUCCUUCCGACAAAGUCUUGCUUGGUUACGUUUAUAUUCUUACUCAUCCUGGCACUCCUUGCAUUUUUUAUGAUCAUUUCAUGGAAUCGGGACUAAAGGAGAGUAUAUCGAAGCUGGUGGCGAUCAGGAAGAGAAAUAGCAUUGGUAGCACAAGCUCUGUUACGAUUAAAGCGGCCGAGUCGGAUCUCUACUUGGCUGUGAUCGAUGAUAAGGUUAUAAUGAAGAUUGGGCCCAAGCUGGAUUUGGGAACUCUUGUUCCUUCUGAUUUUGCUUUAGCUUAUUCUGGCAAUGACUGUGCUGUCUGGGAGAAGAAGUGA